GAGCAGAAACCUAUAUAAACAAGUGGCGGUUCCUUCCACUCGUGUUCUCUUUAACUUUCCGUUUUAACUGUAACUCGCUGUCAAGGGUUGGAAGCAAAGGGUAGAGGCUUACUGUGGACUUUGCUUUGAAGAUGACGACUUAUGGAGAUAGAGUGAAGUCGACAUCCAUUAACGGAGUUAAGUUAUACCAUGUUUCUUGUGCCCCCAAUGUUGCUACUUGGCUUAACCCUAAGAAGCAACGAGCUCUCCGCAAAAACCCACAUUAUAUGCAAAGAGUGGAGCUGAUUCAGGGUUUCAAGUUUGGGAAUGCAACUUCUAGAAUCAAAGCUACUCCUGAUGGAGAGUAUCUUAUUGCUUCAGGUACAUAUCCAUCACAGGUAAAAGUUUAUGAGCUAGGUCAGCUUGGUUUGAAGUUUGAGAGACAUUUGGACUCUGCAAUUGUUGAUUUCGAGAUAUUGGAUGAUGACUACUCAAAGCUUGCCUUCUUAUGUGCUGAUCGUUCUAUUAAUCUACACGCCAAAUACGGGAAACACCACAGUUUACGAAUCCCAAGGAUGGGGAGGGACUUGACAUAUGAUACCCGGUCCUGUGAUCUGAUUUGCGCUGCUUCUUCACCAGAUCUGUACAGAAUCAACUUGGAGCAGGGAAGAUUUCUAUCUCCUCUCAGCACUCAAUCCCCAGCGCUGAAUGUUGUUUCUAGAAGCAAUCUACAUGGACUAAUUGCUUGUGGUGGUGAGGAUGGUGCUGUCGAAUGUUUCGAUAUGAGAAUGGAAUCAUCUGCUGCUAGAAUCAAUGCGGUUACACAUGGCGGUGAUGUUGCUGCAGAGGUUACUGCUAUAGAGUUUGAUGACAGUGAAGGUCUUCAAGUAGCUGUCGGGAGUAGUGCCGGAAAGGUAUUCAUAUACGACUUGCGCACUUCAGCUCCCAUACAAGUGAAGGAUCACAUGUACGAGAGCCCAAUUUUGAGCAUUAAGUGGCAACGGACUCUUAACACUCAAGAACCAAAGCUGAUUACUACUGACAAGCACAUUGUUAGAAUAUGGGAUCCGAAUACGGGAGAAGGGAUGACGAGCAUUCAACCGACAACACAUAUGUCUCUCAGCGGAGGAGAAAUAAACGACAUUUGUGUGUUCCCUGGAAGUGGACUUAUGCUUAUGGCUUUAAACUCUAGUCUAAUCCCAUCUUACUUCAUACCUGAACUUGGUCCUGCUCCUAAAUGGUGUUCUCCUCUCGAAAACCUAACGGAAGAGAUGGAGGAAACUGGACAGACAACUAUUUACGAUAAUUACAAGUUUGUGACGAAGGAAGAGCUGGAGAAGUUGCAGCUGACUCCUUUGAUUGGCACAGAUCUUCUGAAAGCUCAGAUGCAUGGAUAUUUUAUGAAACACCAUCUAUACAAAGAUGCUUUGGCAGAGGUUGAAUCUUUUGCUUAUGAUAAUUACAAAGAAAGCAAUAAGCAAAAGAAACUAGAAGCGGAACGUAGCCAGAGAAUCACAAAGAAGAUAAACUUGCCAAAGGUAAACCGUGAUCUAGCAGCCACCAUACACAACGAGGAGGGUGCAGAAGAGGAUAAGAAGAGUGUUGAGGAUGAGGAGGCUGUAAAGAAAGUGUCGAAGAAGAAGAAACCUGGACUUAGUGGCGAGGAUUUCUCAUGUGGUCGGUUUGACAACAUGUUCCAUAAUCCGGACUUCCAAAUCGAUCCAGAAUCAUAUGAAUAUCGUGUCCUACACCCUGUUGCUUCUUCUUCUAAUAAGCAACCUUCUUUGUUGGAUGAACACUUUGAAGCUGUAUCAGAUGAUGAUGAUGAGAGCAGCGAUUCUGAAGCAUCACGUGGUUCAGACGAUGGGAGGCCAAGCAAGAAAUUGAAAACUCCAAAGUUGUUUGUAGUGAAAAACGAGCGGCAUGCUGAAGCUUUCCACAACGGGAGAUCACUGGCUAAAGAAGACAGUCUUCCGAUGGGCGAGCGUGUUAAGGCUAUGGAGAACCAGCGUGGCAACUUUGGAGCCUCUAAAGAUGUUAAGUUCGGCCCUGGAGGUUCUCGGGAGAUUUCUUUCAACGCUGGACGUUCAUCCACAUACAGAGAAGAUCAUAGAGAUGACGAGGAUGGGGACGGGGAAAGAAACAAGAGGAGAGGGGUUCAGUCUCUUGGACUGAAACAGGAUGUUGUUAGAGGCGGUUUCAGGGGUAGAGGAGGUGGUGGUUUCCGGGGUAGAGGAGGUGGUGGUUUCCGGGGUAGAGGAGGAGGUGUGCGUGGACGUGCUGGUUCCCAAGGAAGAGGCUGCCAAUGAUUAAGUAAGUUUUGAGAUUUUAAGGUUAAUUUUAACUUUACUGUAAACUGUUCAACCAAUUAGAUUUUACAGUCUUUUUUAUA